CGCAUGUGCAUGUGGAGAAUAAAGGACUAAGGUUAUGUUUAUGUUUAAAAAUUAAAAAAACAAUUAAAAUUAGUUUCUUCUCUGGUUACUACGUAUUUUGACAAAUCUUACAGCGAUUAUUUUAAUUUUUUUGCCAAAUUUGAUAUUUAUUGAAUACAAUGGAAGACGAAAUUAGAGAAAAAAUUGAUCAAGCAUGCAGAACAGGAGAAGAAUUUACAAAAGUUUAUUAUGAAAGUUUAGAUAAACGAAGACACCUCAUUUCAAAACUUUACCUGGAUACAGCUACUAUGAUAUGGAAUGGAAAUGGUGUCGAUGGAAAAGAUGCAAUUCAAAAAUUUUGGAUUGAAUUACCAUCUUCGGAUCACAAUAUUAUCACUCUUGAUGCUCAGCCAAUUACUGGACCUGCCGUUGCGAAUCAAUUGACAUUUUUGUUAAAAGUUAGUGGAAUGGCUAAAUAUCAAGACAAAUCACCGAGACCAUUUAAUCAAAACUUUUUAAUAACAGCAAUAGGAGAUAAGUGGAAAAUUGUUAGCGAUUGUUUCAGAAUGCAAGAAGUUAUUGAUAAUUAAAUUAAAUUCAAUCUUUGUGUUACAGAUUAAAACUAUAGAUUUUAAGAUUAUGCGAAUUAAUAAAAAAGAAUAUGUAUUUUAUUUACAAAUAAUUUUGAAAAUAAUAAAUCAUUAUUUCCUCAA